AUGGGAUAUGGAAAUAUCACUCAACUGAGACCGCCUCUGGGGUUGAUUCUUGGAAAAUCUCUGAGUCUCAAAAUUCCUAUAAGCAGGAACAAGCUGAUUUUACUACUAGGAAUGCUCUGUUUGGAACAAGGUAAAUCAACAACUCUUUCUCUCCCCAAAGUUCACAGUCCAGUAAUAGAGGUGUCUCUGAAAAAAAGGCAGAAGCAUGUCUGUGGAGGAACCAUCAUCUCUCCACAAUGGGUGAUCACAGCUGCUCACUGCGUUGCAUACAGAAACAGCAUGUCAACUUUGAAUAUCACUGCUGGAGAACAUGACUUGAGCCAGAAAGACCCAGAAGAGCAAACCCUCCCCACUGAACCUGUCAUCCCACACCCACAUUUCUCCACCAAGAAACCAAUGGACUAUGACAUUGCCCUUUUGAAAAUGGCUGGAGCCUUCCAAUUUGGCCUAUUUGUGGGGCCCAUAUGUCUUCCAGAGCCAGAGGAGCAAUUUGAGGCUGGAUUUAAUUGUACAACAGCAGGAUGGGGCCGCUUGGGUGAAGGUGGUAUCCUCCCACAAGUUUUACAGGAAGUGAACUGGCCAAUUUUGACCCAGAAUUAGUGCAUGGAAGCUUUGUCAUCCCUGAAGCAGUUCAUUAGUGGAGAUACCUUUCUCUGCACAGGCUUCCCUGAAGGAGGGAAGGAUGCAUGUCAGGGAGAUUCAGGAGGGUCACUCAUGUGCCGGAAUAAGAAAGGGGCCUGGACUCUGGCUGGUGUGACUUCCUGGGGCUUGGGCUGUGGAUGAGGCUGGAGAAACAAUAUGGAGCAAAGUUAUCAAAGUGACCAAGGAUCCCCCGGGAUCUUCACGUAUGUUGGUAAACUGCUUCCCUGGAUCCUUAAACACAUCCAGACUGGGCAGGGGAGAAUGAGCUCUAGAGCCUGGUGCAGUGAGAAGGACGGAAUAGUCAGUGGGUCUGAGGGGGAGCUGCACUUCCCAGAAAGCCUCCAGCUGUAUUAUGAGAGCAAGCAGUGUGUCUGGACCCUGUUAGUACCAGAAGAAAUGCAUGUGCUACUCAGUUUUUCUCACUUGGAUGUUGAGACUUAUCACCACAAUUACCUGUCAAUAUAUUCUUUAGAAGACAAACUCAUUGGACAAUUUUGUGGAGAAAGUCUCACUUCAUCCAUUCUUGUUGGUUCCAAUUCUAUAAGGCUGAAGUUCAUCUCUGAUGCCACAGAUUAUGCUACUGGGUUUAAUCUCACCCAUAAAGCUCUUAAACCAAACCAUGUUCCAGAUUCAGGCUUCGGUUUCUUAACUGUCCUUUUUGAAGAAGGCUUUGUACACAGUCUUAACUAUCCUGGAAACCACAGUGACACGGCUAAUUGUAACUGGAUUUUUCAAGCCCCCAAACAUCACCUAAUUGAGAGUAAAAAGGGGAAAGUUGGAUACAGACACAUGUACAGGAAGAUGCUGUAUAAAGAUGAAGACCAAGAUCGGGGUGAUACAUCAUCCACAAGCCACGUAACUCUGAUGUCUGCCAGCAUGCGGCCAGAAGCUAGGGGAGAGACACAGAACAGAUUCCUCAUCACAGCACCCAGAAAGAACCAACAGUGCCAACACCUGAUCUUGGGUUUCUCGCCUCUAGAUUAUGUAACAAUAAAUUUGUGUGGUUCUAAGCCACCCAGUCUAUGGUACAGUAGCCCUAUCAAACUUAUACACCAGAGUUGGUUUAUACAAUUGUGCAAGCUGACCACUCACAUAAAUCCAUAG